AUGACUCCUGGGGAACCUAGGAAAAUAAAUUAUGCAGCCUAUCUGCAACGAAAUGAUAGUAAUAUGAAAGCAAUGAAAAGGGGUGGUCGUCAAUCUCCAAGAUCUACAAAGAAGAUAAAGGUAGAACUUGAAGAUGGCCAUAAAUAUAUUUCAGAUAACGAAGCAUCCAGCGGUAGUUCAAGCGAUGACGACAGGUUAGCUAAUCAAUUAACUAAUAAAAUAACAAUGGAUUUUUUAAAUACACCGUUACUUAAGAAUCUAGAAUCCAAAAAAGAGACAUCUAAAACCAAAAGCCUCGCGCCUCCAGCUAAAACUAGAGAACUUACAAUGAAUGACAGUAAUGUAGUGCUAAUCCAAAGUGUUUGUGAUAUACCGAUAUUUGAACAAGAGUCCCCGAUUAGGAAAGCUGGUCUAAUCCUCGAUAGUGAUGAUAGUAGUGAUGAUGAAAAUAAUGAUAAAAGUGUUAACUCGCUAUCUCAAACAGUUAAAAAAAAUAGGAAAUCUAUUAAGAAAGUUCGGAAGGGAUUAACAUUUACUAAUUCACCACAAAGUAUUCAAAAAUUAAAGGACCGGUUAACUAAAAAAUAUCAUUUGCCGUUGGUAAUCUCUCUGAAGGAUUUGAAUGAAAAAUGUAAACCAUUUUUAAAUGUUGCAUUAGACAUACUUGAAGGGAAGAUUCAAUCAGGUUAUUAUUCCAGAGCAAAAGAAAUAUUUAAGGAAUCAACAAGUUCGAUACUUUCAACUACCGAAUUAAGACAAUUGGAUCUGACAUAUUUUUUUGCUGGUUACUAUGGUUUAAUGAGACAGUAUAUGGUUGGACAACUAAUUGCUACAGAGUAUAAUUCAAAAUUUUCAAGAAAUAAAUCUCCAGUGUUAAGAUGGUGGGGUAUUGAAGAUUUUUGUAGAUAUGUUUUAGCACCAGAAGUAUUAACAGCAUUAUGUAUAUCAGAGAUGGGUAUAGCGCCAAAGGAAGACGAAGAUGACGAAGAUGUGAAGGAAAGAGUAUUUGAUUUAUUUCAAAAGACGAAAGAGUUUGGUCUACAGGUGGCUGAUGUUGAACUAGAUUAA